UGAACAGUGAAAGAAGAAAAACCAUCACGAGUUUCAUUUUUUUGAUGAAUUAUUGCCAUUUGCAGGCUUUAGCAGUGAAUUAUUGAUCAUAUUUAAUCAUUUUGCAGCCUUGUUUUUUACUAUAAACGAAUCUUUCACCGUUUGGAUAUCACAAAAUCGAUUUCCGGUGCAUUUUUUUCAAAAACUGUUGACGGAAAAAAAAACUCUGCCAUUGUUUCGAUUACAAUCGAUUUUGGACUAAUUUUUUGCUGAUGUCAGAUGGUUUUGUUCUUCAUCGUGAUCUUGACCAAUGUUGUAGCCUUUUUUGUGAUUUAGCAACAAUAGUUCCUCGAUUUUCGAAUUCCAAUUUUUUUUUUUAAAAACAGUUGACAAAAUAAAACCUUCGUCAUUCUUGCGAUUACGAUCGAUUUUGGAUUGCUUUUUUGUUGAUAUCGAAGGGGUUUUGUUCUUCAUCGUGUUCUUGACCAGAUGUUGUAGGAAUUUUGCGUGAUUAAGCAACAAUAACUGUUCGAUUUUUCAAAAUAUCGAUUCCUUUUGCGAAGUGCAGUUCAUGGGUUAUGGUUUUUUCGCCAAUCUAUUGAUUUUAGGAGAUUUUUGGCACCAUUUUGAAUGAAAUCAAAGGGGUUUUUAAGAUAAUGGUGAUCUUCAGAUGAUGUGCUAUAAUGGUGAUCUUCAGAUGAUGUGCUUAGUCGUGUGAUUAAGCAAGUUUUCAUGCGCAUAACAAGAACGGAGAGACCAAUUCCCUGAUCGGACUUACGACCUCAACCCCAUUCCCGCCCCCGGCGUUUUUCAAAGCAGGAAGAGCGCGACACAUGAGAAAGAAGUUUGAGAGAGAGAGAGAGAGAAAGUAAUGAAAAGCCUUGCUUCGCUACAACGGAUUCUUUGCAGUCAUUCUUAGAGAGAGAGAGAGGGGCUCGUAUUUGGUUCUUGGAGAGUAUUGAACUCCUGCUCACUUAUUGCAGGAAUUUCAAACUGGAAACAUAUUGUUUAUAACAUCUCGUAAUUCUCUGAAGCUCAAGCAUCAUGUAUGGUGGUGAUGAAGUCUCGGCCAUAGUGUUGGACUUGGGAUCUCAUACGUGCAAAGCAGGUUAUGCUGGUGAAGAUGCUCCCAAGGCAGUUUUUCCAUCUGUUGUUGGGUCCAUCGAACAAUCGGGGUUGGAUGAUGCAGUUGGGAUUGAAAAGGAAUCUCAAUCUGUUUCUGAAGCAAAAAAUGGUAUCAAGACUAUAGAUUCUGAUAAAGCUAAGACAAAGCGUAAAUUGUAUGUGGGUUCUCAAGCCCUUGGAUAUCGUCGGGACUAUAUGGAGGUGCUUUCACCUAUAAAAGAUGGACUAGUUGUGGAUUGGGACAUGGUAGACAACAUAUGGGACCAUGCCUUUCGGCAAUGCCUGCUGAUUGAUCCUAAAGAGCAUCCUAUGUUACUGGCAGAACCAUCUUCUAAUCCUCAACAGCAAAGAGAAAGGACAGCGGAGCUCAUGUUUGAGAAAUACAAUGUUCCUGCUCUGUUUUUGGCCAAAAAUGCUGUGCUUACAUCAUUUGCUUCUGGGCGUGCAACCUCAUUAGUUGUAGAUUGUGGCGGAGGUUCUACUACAGUUGCUGCUGUACAUGAUGGCUAUGUUCUUCAAAAGGCUGUGGCAUCAUCUCCUAUUGGAGGGGAAUUUCUAACAGAUUGCAUGAAGAAAUGCUUGGAAAGCAAAGGCAUUGUGCUAAAACCUAGAUACUCUUUUAAAAGAAAGGAGAUACGACCAGGAGAAUUUCAGACUGUGGACCUUGAUUUUUCUAAUACAACAGAAAGCUACAAGCUGUACUGUCAGAGGGUAAUUGCUAGCGACAUUAAAGAGGCUGUAUGCCGAGCACCAGACACAGCAUUUGAUGAAACUGCAUAUGCUAACAUUCCGACGACAUCUUAUGAGCUUCCAGAUGGACAGACGAUAGAAAUUGGGGCUGACAGAUUCAAGAUUCCAGGAAUUCUGUUUAAUCCAUCCUUAAUCCAUACAAUUCCUGGGAUGGACAAAUUUGACCAUUCUACUCCAAGUCGCGGUCUUCCACAAAUGGUUAUCGAAAGCAUAAAUAAAUGUGACGUGGACAUUCGCAGGGAGCUAUUCAGCAGUAUUUUGCUUGCUGGAGGUACAGCCUCGAUGCAGCAAAUGAAGGAGCGGCUUGAGAAGGACCUAAUGGAGGAAGCGCCUCAAGCUGCAAGAGUAAAGGUGCUAGCAAGUGGGAAUGCUACUGAAAGGAGAUUCAGUGUGUGGAUUGGAGGGAGUAUUCUGGCCUCCCUUGGUUCCUUCCAGCAGAUGUGGUUCUCCAAAUCAGAGUUCGAGGAGCAUGGUGCAUCAUAUAUUCAAAGAAAAUGCCCUUGAAAGUGCUUCAAAGAACUUACCUGAGGACAAGGAGCAAUUAUAUAUAUUCAAUCAAGCUGGAAAAUCUCUUAUAAGUGGUGGAUACAUAUGCACUGUUUGCAGUUGCAUAUUACAAGCUAUAUGGUUGUUGAUACUAUAGGCAUUUUUUAAUUUUAUAGUCUAUGCGUUUUCGAGCUUAAUUAUAUACAGAAAUUCACGGAAAACUUCUCCAUUGUAUUACUUUUUUUAAUUUUGAGUUCAGUCUCUAAUCCAGGGGAUAUUGUUGUAGUGUAGUGUAGAAGAUCCAUCUGAUUCACUUCUUUCCUUUGUUAUAUAAGUGAAGCGUGCUCCUGUUAUUGCAUU